AUGCAAUAUAAUUAUAUGAGCGAUCUAUACCAAUCGGCAAUAGAACGUCCUCUUUUAAAAGAAAAGAAUUAUCAUAUACACCAUCAACAACAGCCAGUAGUAGUAGUAGUAUCGGCAUCUUAUCCAUCAAUCCAUCUAUCUAUCAUCGUUGCACAAAUAUAUGAUACAAUGCAUGAACCAUUAUUACCAAAUAUAGUAAUAUAUUAUAAUAGAGAUACUCCUUGGUUAGUCAUAAGAAACAAGAAUCCACCAAUUACAAUUGUGUCCCGCCAAGUAAAUAAUCAAUCCUCGUAUGAUGAUUGUUCUCAUCCACCUUUAAAUAAUAAUAAUCCAUUCUAUUUGAAUCAACAACAAAUGUUUAGACAACAACAACAACAACAACAACAACAACAACAACAACAACAACAAUUAUCUUCCUCCAACAAUGGUGGUCAAAUGACACAUCUUCCACCUCCACCACAUUUCUCGGAUUAUCAACAAUAUGCACAUAUGCCAAUGGAAUUUUCCAAUCAUCAACAACAACAAAUUUCACCACCAAAUUCUCACAAGAGAUCACAUAGCAAUAGUUUUAAUCCAUCCAAUUGGACCAUUGCAAAUCAAUUAUUAAGUAUGAGCCGAGAUAUGACCAGUAGUGUCGAUUCAAGUCCGGUCUCUUCUUCGUCACCACCAACAUCGCCAUCACUUUCUUCGAGUGGAGCCAACAACCAAAACUUGUACUCGUCCAACACCAUCUCACCAAUUAUGAGCCAAACUACUACCACUACCACAACUACCACUUCAAUGCUCCAAUAUCCACAACAACAACAACAACAACAAAUCCAAAGAGGAAAACUUUCAAGUAAUGCUCUUAGACCAGAUUUGUCACUUUCAUUGUCUGACGACUACAACAAUAGAAACUCAUCGCCUAGCAAUGACUUGACCACAAGCUCACCACCACAGUCGCCUUGUGCUUCACCAAGAUUCUCUCUAGGAAAAAAUAAGCACUAUUCUUCUGCCAACAUUGAAGAAGACUAUGAAUACCUCCGUGGCUCCUGGGUAAAGGCUCGUGAAAUCUCUCAAGAUAUCAUCAAAAUUACCAAACAAGCCACAAAAUAUGAUUUCACUCUUGUAGACUUUUAUCCUAGCCUCCAAAAGGAAUAUGAAAAUCUUGGUAACCUCUUAAAUUCAAUGGUUGAAAAGGUUGAUGUAUUAAAGUCUGACGAAAGACAAAAAAAGAAAAGAAAAGAGUCUGAUAGAAAUGCCGAAAAAAGAAAAAAGAGAAGAGAAGCAACAUUAUUAUUAAAUAAUGUAUGUAAAAGUUGUUUUACAACUGAUACACCAGAGUGGAGAAAAGGACCUGAUGGUACAAAGUCCUUGUGCAAUGCUUGUGGUUUACAUUAUGCAAAGAAUCUCAAGAGAGAAACUUUAAAUCAAGCACCACAAAUCCCAACUCAAGGAACUGGCAAAGAAUCCAUGAAGGUAUUGUCAAUCCUCAAUUAA